AUGAGACCAGGAAAUACCACCACCAUCUCCGCCAACGCCACCACCGUUGACAUCGGAUUCCACCGGUGGAAUUCACCAAUCCCUUACCUCUUUGGCGGCCUAGCUAUGAUGUUGGGAGUAAUCGCCUUAGCAUUGGUAAUUCUAGCUUUCUCAGUCAAAAAAGUUAGUACUUCUGAUUCAACAAGUGAAGUCCAAGAAGAACCAGCCAAGCCUGUGCAGGUUCUAAAGCCAGAAAUGGAGCCGAAGAUCGUCAUCAUGGCCGGAGAUGACAUCCCCACGUACCUAGCAAAGCCGGUCUCUUUCACUAGCCAUAUUGAACAAGUCUGA